AUGGAGCCCCAAACACAGGCAUUUGGCGUUGGUAUUGACAGUCAAGUUGGGGUUUCACAAACCACCUUCACGACCACAACCGGCGUCUUCUUCGCCCUCGCCCUCCUCUCCGUGCUCGUCCCAACCACACUCGGCCUCCGAACAAAAUGGACGCCCUCAUUCGCCGACUACUCCCUCCAUGCGGGCGCCAUCUUCCUCUCCGGGGCCGCGGGCCUGCUGUACAGCAUGUCCGAUAACCUCUACUACCUCGCAGCGGCUGCUGAAUACACCCCAUCAUUAGCACAGCCCAACCCGGUAAGCUGGAAGGAGGCCAGCGCGGUAGCCGUGGAUGUUAUGAAGCGGAGCGAGGCGUUCUCGAUCUUGGCUUGGACGUCGGUGUUUGCGGUCCGGUGUUCGCUCCUCGCUGUGUCUGGGAAGCGGUACGGUGCUGGUGAGCCAUGGCUGCGGCAGUACUCCUGUGGUGCGACGGUUGUGGCUGUUGUGUCGUGGCUCGUGUGUGUUGUUGCCAGCCCGUUUGUGGUGUCUUGUGUACUGGGGGUUUGGGUCUUUUUAGGUGGCCAGAUAACGCCGCUCUUCGACACGUACACCCCUUUGUCAACUGCCACUACCGCUCUCGAUGUCCUGACUGCCAUUGCCAUCAUCAUACUCGAGCUCGUCCAGCUCUCCCGACGUCGAUCCCAGCGAUUCUCGGAUGCCGAAGAAAUCCAUACGACGACGACGACCACGACUAAGCCACAAACCUCUCAGCCCAUUCCAUUAAGCCUGUUCUUCCUCCUCUCGCUCGCCGGUAUCUCCUUCGCCGCCGUGCGUGCCAGCACCCCCUCCGCCGCUACCCACCCGCCCCUGCUCCCCUGGAUCAACUUCUGGCAGUUCCUCGAGGCCUGCACCACCAUCUGCGCGGGCGCGGCCUUGUCGAUGGCCGUCCCCAAUCACCAAACACCAUCCCCACCCGCCGCGGACGAAAACGAGACGGCAGAAAACGAAAACACCAUCCACCCAUCCAACGCCACCUACCCCACGCGCACGCACACCAAGGACGAGAAGCAAACCGGGUGGAACAUCACAACCUGGGCCAUGGACAGGAAAGCCAGCGCCAGCACAGUCGGCGCGAACGAUAUCGCCCAUACACACUCCUUCACGGCCAAAAAGCAUGGACAAUACCAUCAAGAAGAAGACGACGCCAUCGGCCCAUUAGCCACAUCACCACGCGACAAGAGCACCAGAGACACACCCACUCCCCGUCGGCCCCCAAUCGCAUACCACUACCCCACCUGGACCCCCCAAUCAACCCAAGACCAAGAAGCCGUCGAGGCUCAGAUGGCCGCCGGCCAGACAUUGGUGUGGUGUGAUCCGCUGCUGCGAAGGGCGAGUCAGACUAGUUUUGGGGGGGUCACGUUGAUGGACCGGAGGGGGUCCGAACAGACUGCGUCGGGACAGACGGGGCCGGGGCAGACGGGGUCGGGGUAUCCGAGGCAUGGGAGUGUUUCUUCUGUUAGGAGUUAG